AUGGAGAAGAAAGCUGCUCAGUGGGAGCAGGAGAGACCCAGGCUUCGUCUGGAAAAGCUACAGCACUGGGCAAGGCACAGGCAGAGUGGGCACCUCUUGGUGCUGGCGGUGAGCCAGCUAUGGCUGGCAGUGGCUGUGGUGCCCUUUGCUGUCUCCGUUGCCUGCCUGAACUCUGCUUGUCACAUGGCCACAGCACUGCCGCUUGGGCCUGGAGCAUUGGGUCUCCUCACUGGGAUUGUCACCCUUGAGCUGCGCAGAGCACCCCGCCUCUGGAAGCUGGCUGGCUUGCUGGUGGUGGAGCUCAGCACUGAGGCCUUCACCCUAGGGGGAGUGCUGGUCUCCACAUACUCGCUAUUCCUGCUGAGCCAGAGGAAGCCAGGAUGCUGCAGGAGCCAGAGUCUGCACUACCAGGAGCUGGAGGAGGGUCUCUCGGAGUUGGAGGAAGUUGCUGCUUUGGAGAAUGGUCCCACAGUGGCUAGCGGAGCAAAUGCAACAAAUGAGUGA